UGAUGUUAUAUCAUUCCAGCAUCUGCCUAACACUGUCUCUAGGUGGAAGAGGCAGUUUCAAACACACGACUAGGGUGUCCCCAAACUGCAGGGCUGGAAGCGGAGAGGAGUGAAAAACAGAGCAAACAAUGGAGACUAGAUGCAAAUUUUGGCUUCCUAAAAAGAAGAGAUUUUGUGCAAAUAUCCCCCUCAACGAAUCUUUAUUCUGUGGCAACCACACACCCAGGUCCGAUAGCCAGUGGAUUCCAUGCCCAAUAGACCCUUCUCACUCUGUACUUAAAGAGAAUCUUGAAGGACAUGUUAGAAGAUGCCCAUUACUUAAACAAGUGCAGUAUUUGACUCUCCAACCCUUUUACCAAAAAGGUAUCAAUGCUGGCAAAGAAGAGGACCAAGAAGAAUUAGAAACAUUCAGACCCAAAGGAGCCGAUGGUUUGGAAUCUUCUAAUGAUCCCGCGUUGGGGUCUUUGGAUAACAUUCUUUCAGAAAUGAAGAGGAAUGCUGUUUAUAGUAUGACUGUACUUGAUUUUUAUAAAUUAAUUGAGAAAAUUGAGCAUGUUCAUGAAUCUAUAUGCAAGGAUAUUCAGGACUCAUAUAAGGUACCGGAAGCUUGUGGAAUAUGGAUUAAACGGGAGGUUGACAGAAAAUUGCCAUUUCAAGAGAAACAUGUUAUGCAGCAGGUGUCCAUUCUUGGGAACUUGGAAGGUCUUGGUGUAUUGAAGAGUUCUCUAGGUAAGGAGAGGGCGGAUUAUGAUGAUGGCACUGGUAUCCCUGCGGUGGUUGAGUUUGGAGCCGGGAGGGGAUACUUGACACAGAUGCUGGCAGAUUGUUAUGGGAUAAAAAAGGUGUUUCUGGUUGAAAGAAAAUCAUACAAGUUAAAGGCUGAUCGAUCCUUGCGACAGAAAGAGAGCUUGAUUUUGCAACGUUUGAGAAUUGACAUUGAGGAUUUAAACUUGAAUGCCGUUGAGUCAUUGCGGGAAGAUCCUUACCUGGCUAUUGGAAAACAUCUUUGUGGGCCUGCAACAGAUCUGACUUUGAGAUGCUGCCUUGGUGAACACAGUAAUCAAAGUAAUGCUGAAUUGAACAGUGUUAACCCAAACCUGAGAGGUCUGGCUAUAGCAACGUGUUGCCAUCAUCUCUGCCAGUGGAAGCACUACAUAAAUAAAAAAUAUCUAUUAGAGUUGGGCAUCACAAAAGAGGAAUUUCAUGCAAUUACUUGGUUUACUAGUUGGGCUGUAGAUGCUGAUCACGGUGCCGAUCUCCCAGAUGUUACUGAUUGCAAAUUGCAUCUUGAAUCUAUUGAAAAGAAGCAAUGCGGUGAGGAUUAUGGAGUUGAAGAGAUUGUGAGAAAUAUGAAGGCAGUUGAAAGGGCUGUGUUAGGGUUUAUGUGCAAGAAGAUUAUAGACAUGGGUAGGUUGAUGUGGAUGAAGGAACAUGGCUUAGACGCACGGUUUGUCAAAUACGUCCCAUCCAGCGUUUCUCCUGAAAACCAUCUAUUGAUUGGUAGAUGCCCCAAUCAUUUGUGAGAUGCCAUCUCCGUUUUUACUUUAAUUCAGAUUGUUUGUAAUGUAAAAUUUUGUGAAAGCGUCUUCUUGAACUAUUGCAUUGACAAAUUCUUCUUUCUCUUGCUUUUGGAGGAGUAUUAACCUUUGACAAAUUCUCGCAUGCAAAAAACCAAACCCCUCCACUCGACAUAAUGAAGUCCUUCUGCGUUUGUUUUCUUUGUCUGGUAAUGUCAAAAAAACGUCAGCUCCUACGCAGAAAAUCUCAAACAUAUCCACUUCCACCACCGCCACCCCCACUACUGUCUUUCUAUCCACGAAAUCAAUCCACCUUAAAGCCAUCACCUUCAUCUUCAAGUUUUUCGCAACUCUCACCAAUCACAAUGAACCACCCCAAAGGCACUGUCGUCUUCUCCACUGUUGGCAGGCCCCACUACGGCUUCGACCUUUUCUCACUGCCCCUCCACUUCUCCUCCAAUAAUCUCGCCCUAGAGCACCGCCUCUCCGACGGUAUUUCCGUCAACUUCAACGCCCAAUUUGCCAACGACGAUCCCCACUCCGUCGUCUUCAUCUCCGAGAGAACAGGGUUGCCCGCCAUUUACUUAACCCGACCCGGACUCCCCACCCCCAAACUCUUACACUCCGAACCCGGAAGCCUCUUCCACGACCGCCCCAUCCUCAAAAACGACAUCCUCUACUUCAUCUCAGCUCACCAACACCCCAAUCGACCCUUCAAGUCCUGGUCUGCUCUCUACUCCACUACCACCACACUCCUCCUCGAUGAAGAUCAAAACCAAAACCCCAAAACCACCCGAUUGACUCCUUCUGACUCCGUCGAUUACAGUCCCGCCAUUUCUCAAUCCGGCCAAUUCAUCGCCGUUGCGUCCUACGGCUCUCGUCCCUGGGACGGUGAGUUUCACCACCUCAAUACCGAUAUUGUCGUCUUCCGAGCAUUGCAGCCCAGCAAGCGUGUACUCGUCUGUGAGCGAGGUGGCUGGCCCACCUGGUCCGGCGAUGCCGUCAUCUAUUUUCACCGCCAAGAUGACGACGGCUGGUGGAGCAUUUUCCGGGUCGAUUUCUCCCAAGAUCUCGAGUCUUCUUCCCGGUACCCGAUCACUCCCACUCGGGUCACUCCCUCCGGGCUCCACUGCUUCACUCCGGCCGCUCUCCACGACGGCAAGCAAAUCGCCGUCGCCACUCGUCGGACCGAAAAGAAUUUCCGGCACAUUGAGCUCUUCGACGUCGAAUCAAAGACUUUUCGUCAGGUGACCGAGAACCUGAACCCGAACUUCCACCAUUACAACCCGUUUGUUUCUACCAAUUCCCAGUUUCUCGGGUACCACCGAUUCCGCGGUGAGUCAACCCAGUGGGGGGAGACGACGAUUCCUUAUCUCGAGCCAGUUUCGUCUCCGAUCAAACAACUCCAGAUGCUGAGGAUUCACGGUUCGUUCCCAACCUUCUCUCCGAAGGGCGAUCUCAUCGCGUUUAAUCAUGAUUUCAAUGCCGACGCCGGCAUCAAGAUCGUCAAAUCCGACGGCUCAAAGCGUUGGAAUUUGAUCAAGGACCGUGCAGCGUUCUACAACGCCUGGAGCCCCACAGAGAAACACGUCAUUUUUACCUCGCUGGGCCCAAUCUUCCAGUCGGCAAAAACAACGGUCCAGAUUGCACGAGUUGAAUUUAACCCGUCUGAUCUGGACGGUGAUAAAGAGGAGAUCCCAUGCAAUGUCAAGAUAUUGACUAAAGAGGACACAGGGAACAACGCCUUCCCUUCGUGCUCCCCAGACGGCAAGUCGUUGGUAUUCCGCUCCGGUCGGACGGGCCACAAGAACCUCUACAUUAUUGACGCCGUUAACGGCGAGUUUAAUGGUGAUGCUCGUCGGUUAACGGAGGGCCAGUGCAUUGAUACAAUGCCCAGCUGGUCACCGAAAGGAGACCUCAUUGCUUUCUCAUCGAACAGACACAACCCGGAUGAUGUUGCGGUGUUCGGCAUUUACGUCAUCAAACCGGACGGUUCGGGUUUGAGGAGGGUCCACGCCGCCGGAGAUGACGUGGAGAGGGAGAGGAUCAACCACGUGUGCUUUAGUAAGGAUGGGGAGUGGCUGUUGUUCACUGCGAAUUUGGGAGGCGUGACGGCCGAGCCGGUGUCGCUGCCGAAUCAGUUUCAGCCGUACGGGGACUUGUACGUGGUGAGAUUGGACGGGAGUGGGCUGAGGAGGCUGACGUGGAAUGGAUACGAGAAUGGGACGCCAGCGUGGCUUGAGGGUGAUGAGGUGGUGGACAUGGGGCGUUUGCGUUUGGAAAAUGAAGUUGGAGGAGAUAAGCUCAAGGGUCGGUUUGAAGAACCUCUUUGGAUCUCUUGCGACUUCUAGAACUUAGUUUUUUUGAAUAAAUAGUUUGUCGUUUGGAGUUGGUGGUCAAAAUAGAAACGUAAGGCAUAUUAUCUCUCAAAACUGAAUAAAUCGUUUUGAAUAAA